CAGUGUAGUCGAUCACCGAUAUCUGUCAUCGUCGGCUCCGGUAACCCGCAGAGACAAGGCAGCUGGGGUGACACGAACAGACAACAACAACAAAAGAAAACAGCCUCCUGGACCAGCUGUUUAACCAGCGGAUGUUAUGGCUGACAGUGAGGAUAUAUUUCUCAGGGCAAAACAGCGGACAUUCAGCGGACUGACUGAAGAUGUGGAACAUGAGUGGAGGGGUCCGUUUUACUUCAUUCAAGCCGCAGACCCCCAGCUUGGUCUAAUGAAGGCCUGGAAAGAUGGUGAUUGUGAUGGUGGAGGGGACGAAUGGGCUGAGGAGGUAGAGCUCACUAAGCAAGCCGUGGAGGCCGUAAACCACCUUCAGCCAAGGCCGAGGUUCAUGGUGCUGUGUGGUGACCUGGUCCAUGCCAUGCCAGACACUCCAUUCAGAGAAGGUCAGGAGCGGGACCUGAAGGCAGCCCUGAAGGGGAUGGAUCCCUCCAUCCCACUGGUUUUUGUCAGUGGGAACCAUGACCUUGGCAACACUCCCAAUGAUAGGACAGUGGAGCAGUACUGCACUGCAUGGGGUGAUGACUAUUUCAGCUUCUGGGUGGGUGGUGUCCUCUGCCUGGUUCUGAACUCCCAGUUGUUCUAUGAUGCCUCUGCCUGUCCUGAGCUAAAGGAAGCCCAGGAGAUAUGGCUGGAGGAGCAGCUGAACAAAGCUUCCUCAGCCACGGAGCUCAAACCCAAACACAUCUUGGUGUUCCAGCAUAUUCCUCUGUAUCUUAAGAACCCUGAUGAGGAGGAUGACUACUUCAACUUGCAGAGGAUAGUCAGACAAAACUUGCUGGACAAGUUCAAGAAGGCAGGGGUGAAAGCGGUCUUCUCUGGGCACUAUCACCGGAACGCCGGCGGUUGCCACGGAGGCCUGGAUAUGGUGGUGAGCUCGGCCAUCGGCUGCCAGCUGGGCGAGGACACCCACGGCGUCAGGGUGGUGGUGGUGACCGACAGCGAUGUGGUCCAUCGCUACUACAGCUUGGAGCAGCUGAGAAUGCAGGGUGUGGAUGAGGACCUCAGAAAGCUACUGCAAGCCUGAGCAUCAGAGAAGAACCAGCAACUAUAGGUCUCAUCAGAAACAACAAGCUGGAAUGUUUUUUCCCUCAGUAUUGGGUCCUUGUUCCACAGUUUUUGGAGAUUGACCCAUUGAUCAUCAGACAAGUCCCAGAUGCUAAAUUUAUUGAAAUAGUUUGUCCCCUGCUUAUCACUUGCUCCAAAACUGAGCAAAACAUUGUCAUACACUGCCUUAAAUGAUACAGGGUGACUUUAUUUUUGCUGGGUUUAUUCUGUAGGCUAUGUAAUGUUCCCUCUUUUUUUGUAUUUGCUUCUUACUUAUCAUAAAAGUCAGAAACAAUAUAGAAGUUGACCAACGGCCCAAUCUCCAGGAAUUCUGUGGAUUAAUUAAGGAGUCAAUAUGUAAGAUUCGCAUAUGCUUUAUGUGCUUAUGUGAAGUUGUGUUGCAGUUUUUCCCUGGAAACCGGUUGGUUUGUUGACGCUGGCAUUACUAAACAAACACAUGUACAUUUGACAUCUCUAUCAAUGUGGUCAAUGUGAUUGGUAUUUCAAUAUGUAGUCAACAACCCAGUACAUUUAAGAUACAUAUGGAGCAACUACUGAUGCAAUACAAUGCAAUUCAUCCCUACUGUGAUGUGGUACAGUUUUAUACAGUUUGAAUCCACAAUGCUGUAAAAUUCAAUAGAUAGUUUAAUUUGACAGAGGAAGCCACUGAAUAAAUAAUAAUUUUACU